CCUCCAAAAUCGCGGAACUGCAAUGCCCUUUACUCUAGAUGCUAGGUUUGGGGCGAGUUUUCUUGUCUCCUCUUUUAUUCUCCUAAAAGAAUGUUAUCCUUUUUUUCAAGACUAAAUGUUUCGUUGUAGUUCUUCUGUCUGCAUGUGAUGGUGCUUGCUGUCGUGCCUGCCUUGAGGGUAUCGUUGAGAGUCUAGAAGAAGGUACAACUGCAUGUCAGUCGCACUUGCCUUGUAUCUUUGUUCAAGGACAUCACACAAACCAUCGCGUUCCUAUCUCGUCUGCCUCCCCUUAUUGAACGACUGCACUCUUCUACCCUCGCCGUGCGUUUGGCCAGUCUUACCUUCCACGCACAUCAGAGCCUAGCCACGCAUACCCACACCACCUCCAAAGCAUCCACAAGAGCACACCCAUCUUCCCAUCUCCACGGCCACGAUGUCUUCCACCGCAAACAGCCCCCGCGAACUCCUCUGGUACCACCAAAUCCAACGCGAAAACCGCCACCUCCUCUCCCUCAUCAAAAAACAAGCUCUCGAUAUCGAGAAACUCACCACUGCAUCCGCGUCUAUCGCACAAGAAGGCCUUCAAAUCCAAAACCUGGUCUCUUCUAUCGAAGACAAAGCAGCUGCAACCACUGAACGCAGAAGAGAGGAAUUCGAACGGGAAAAGGAGAUUUUGAAACGGGUGGGGAGGUUGGAGGAGGAGAUUGAGAGGUUGAAGAGGGAGGAGAGUCAGGCUGUUGUUGGGGGAGGAGGGGGGAGUCAGUGGGUGGGUUUGGAGCAGAGGGUUGAUGGGCUUGAGGAGAGGUUGGGGAGGGUGGAGGAUGGGGAUGUGGAGCAGUUGAGAUUGAGGAUUGAUGCUUUGGGCAAGGCUAUGGAGGGCAUGCUCAAGAGGUCGGCCACUGUGGAUGAACGAUUCAUCGAUCUUGAGACUGGUGACGAGCAAAUAAGUGCCGCGCACGCAGAAGUGGACAACAGCAUGCCGGAAGUGGUUGCAGAGGAGCAGUUCGGAACACAAGGUGCGCAUGAUGUCGAGUCUGGAGCCAAGGCAAUCGAAGAACAGAUGCCAGUGGAGUUGCCCAGGAAGCCAGUCAAGCAGAAGAGACGCAUCGGAGGGCUCAACAUGCCUUUCAGACCAACACCUUCGGAUUUGGGCAUGUGA